AUGGAGAGCAACAAAGUCAACGUUUACAAUGGUGUGCAUCUAACUAAUGCUGCUCCAAGGCAACGAGCGACACCAUCUGCAUAUUAUGACACGGGAAAAUUAACACGGGUCCUGUUUUCUAUUCUUGUUCUUAUUUUAUCCUUGGCUGUUUUAGCAAUUGCUCUUCUUACGAAAAAAAUAAAUGAAGAAAAUAUAUCAAUAUCAGAAGGAUCAAUCAUUGAAGCAACAACAACAACAGAAAUGAUCAUUCCAGACAUGAUCGAAAUAACAACCAAAGAACUAUUAAUGCCUUCUGUUAUCAUUAAUACGGAUACAAAAUGGAAACAAAAUGCAAUUACUGUUGCCGGAGGAUAUGGACGGGGAAAUAAAUUAAAUCAAUUAAAUGAUCCUUAUGGUAUUUGUAUUAAUGAUGAUGAUAAUAGUAUUUAUAUUGCUGAUCGUGAAAACCAUCGUAUCGUUAAAUGGCAAUCAGGUGCAUACAACGGCGAAAUAGUUGCAGGUGGAAAUGGACGUGGAAGUGCAAUACAUCAAUUAAAUUAUCCAAAAGAUGUUAUUCUUGAUAAAGGCAAGAACAAUAUUAUCAUUUGUGAUCAGGGCAACUCACGAAUAAUACGAUCAUCUCUUCAAAAUAGCCAGAAUCAACGGGUAUUGAUAGUACGUAUUGUUUGCUGUAGUUUAGCAAUGGAUGACAAUGAAGAUCUUUAUAUUUCGGAUUGGGCAAAACAUCAAGUCAUACGUUGGCGACAAGGAGAUAAAGAAGGUAAAGUUGUAGCAGGUGGGAAUGAUAAAGGAAAUCGAUUUGAUCAAUUUAAUCAACCGAGUUCUAUUUUCGUCGAUAAAUAUUAUUCAAUUUACGUAGCAGAUUGUAUGAAUAAUCGCGUAAUGAAAUGGUCGAAAAAUGCGACUAUAGGUAUUCCUGUUGCUCAUGGACAACUCAUUAAUGCAAAUCUCAGUUCACUUCUUCGACCCAAUAGCGUAAUUGUUGAUCAUAUGGGUAAUAUUUAUAUGUCGAAUGAGAGAAAUCAUCAAAUAACACGUUGGUCACCAGGUACAACAAAAGGUGUUCCUGUCGUUGGUGGAAGAAACGCUGGAAGCAAAUCCAUGGAGCUUAGUUAUCCAUUUGAUUUAUCAUUCGAUCGACAAGGUAAUCUUUAUGUCGUCGAUGCAGGCAACGAUCGAAUACAAAAAUUUAUUAUUGAUCGUGACUGA